AUGGUACCGGGAUGGCCCAUGAUAGCGCUCGGUGCGAUUAUAGCCUCAUUCAUGGCGUUUUCCUUGCAUCAUAUUGAGGAAGGGCAUGUUGGAGUUUAUUAUCGCGGUGGAGCUUUAUUAAGUCGUGUUAGUCAACCUGGGUAUCAUUUGAUGUUUCCAUUUUUCACAACAUAUAAAUCAGUACAAGUCACUUUGCAAACUGAUGAGGCUAAGAAUGUGCCUUGUGGAACUAGUGGUGGUGUUAUGAUAUAUUUUGAUCGAAUCGAGGUUGUAAAUAUUUUAUCUUCUUCAAGUGUAUACGAUAUUGUUAAAAAUUACACCGUCGAUUAUGAUAAGCCACUGAUAUUCAAUAAAGUCCAUCAUGAAGUGAAUCAGUUUUGUAGCAGUCAUACUCUUCAGGAAGUUUAUAUUGAUCUCUUUGAUCAGAUUGAUGAAAAUUUAAAAACUGCUCUACAGAAAGAUUUGAUAAAGAUGGCUCCAGGUCUUUUUGUUCAGGCGGUUCGUGUGACAAAACCCAAAAUUCCUGAGUCAAUACGAAAAAAUUAUGAACAGAUGGAAGCUGAAAAAACCAAACUUCUUGUGGCUAUACAGCAUCAAAAGGUAGUUGAAAAAGAGGCCGAAACUGAACGAAAAAAAGCCGUUAUAGAAGCUGAGAAAAAUGCUCAAGUAGCAAUGAUCCAUUAUGAGCAGCACAUUGCUGAGAAAGAAACACAGAAGCGUAUUUCUCAACUAGAAGAUGAAAGUCAUAUGGCUCGUAUCAUUGCUCGUGCAGAUGCUGAAUUUUAUUCAAGGAAGAAGGAAGCAGAGGGUAACAAGCUGCUUUUAACGCCAGAAUUCUUGGAACUAAAGAAAAUCGAAGCAAUCGCUGCAAAUAAUAAAAUAUUUUACGGUCCCAAGAUUCCCGACGUAUUUUUGGAUUCUAUCUCAGCAGUGCGAAAGACAUCCAAAACUUGA